ACUGCCUCACCAACGUUCCAUUUGAAAUUGAUUUUCAAAUCAGCACUCUCUGACAGUGGCAUGGCCAUGGCGGUUGAUAUGGACGCCAAAGAAGAGUUAGGGUUUCCGUACUGGACACCAGUUCGCCGACGUUUUGGCCCCGAUUCUCCCUUCUUUGCUUAUGGUAACAUUCAAAGGGAGCUCUUCGCUAAACAGGUUGCGUUGGAUUUAACUGAAGAUGAAAAGAAUCAGUUGCAGAAUUUGGCGGAUGAGGAUGGCAGGGAUAUCUUUUGUCCCAUUGUUGGAUGUGGCUCUCGCUUGACAUCUUUGGAAGACUUUGAAGACCACUACAACGCACGGCAUACUGCAUCCUGUUCAGUAUGCUCUAGAGUUUACCCAACUGCUCGCCUGCUCAGCAUACAUGUAUCUGAAGCACAUGAUUCAUUUUUCCAGGCUAAAGUUGCACGUGGCUAUGCCAUGUAUGAAUGUCUGGUGGAAGGUUGUGGUUUGAAAUUCAAGAACUACAAAAGUAGACAACAGCAUUUGGUAGACAAGCAUAAAUUCCCCAGUGCAUUUGAAUUCUUCAAGAAGGCCCAUCCAUCUAAGAAAGCUAGACAGAAACAGCGUAAUCAAGGUAUUCAAAAGAGGGGAGAGACUUCAAACAAAAUGGAAGUAGAAGGUGAAACCAUCGAUGGCCUUGUUUCAGCAGUCUCUAGAUUAAGUACUUCAGAUUCGUCCCCUUCUUCUAUCAGCUUUGGUCGCCACCACACUCGUGGUUUCAUGUUUUUACCAAGAACUGUUCAGCGAGGAAAUAGCACGCAGAGUGGAACAAAGAACUAGCCUCCUUACAUGCUAAUAACUCGAAUUCUUCCACCAUACUGUCAAAUGUCUUCUUCACCCUGUAACGGUGAAGGCUGUAGGAGAGCUGUAGGAGACGUCAAAAGCUGUGUAGAUGAUAUGCAUAUUUGCACAGAAUAAUCCCAUGAAUUUACUUUCACAAGUUGACUUGGUGAGCACAUGCUGGCUGCCUUUUUUUUUAUCUUUACCCCAAAAUUUAUUAUUGUUAAUUUGUGGUAAUUCUUUGUUUUAAUUUCUAACUUAAUUUAAUUUAAUACUUUAGAGUA